UUAUUCUGUACAUGAAAAUAAUAUACACAUGUUUUUAUAUAUUUUUUAGAUUGUAAAGUGUCUCAUCUACAUGUAGUUGAUUGGACUAUGCUUGCAAGGAAUGAAUCGAGAGUCACAGAAAUCAUACUUCUAGGCUUUGGAAAUCUUUAUGGCUUUAACAUUUUAAUUUUCAUCAUAUUCCUUAACAUUUUCUUGUUCACAGUAACUGGAAAUCUUCUGAUCAUUGUGUUAGUUUUAAUCAGCCGUCACCUUCAUUCUCCCAUGUACUUCUUUCUUUGUCAUUUAUCAAUGUCUGAUAUCGUUCUCACAACAACUACUUUACCUAGCCUAAUGGGAGCAAUCUUACAUGGUGGGAAAGUUAUGACAAUUCUUGACUGUAUAACUCAAUUGUAUUUCUUUAGUGGUAUUACUAUUACAGAAUGCUCCCUGCUCACAGUGAUGUCCUAUGACCGAUACCUGGCUAUAUGUGUCCCAUUGCGUUACGUCACUAUCAUGGACUUUACACUGCGUACCUGUCUGUCUGUCUUACCCUGGAUGUUAGGAUUUACCACAAACCUAAUUGGAUUCAUACCUGUAUCCAACUUACAGUUCUGUAAUGGAAACAUCAUUGAUCAUAUAUACUGUGACCUUUCCCCUCUCCAAAAACUUUCAUGUUCAGACACGUCUCUGGUGGAAUUUAUAGCAAUUGUAAUUUCUGCUCCUUUAUUUAUUUGUCCUUGUGGUUUUAUCAUAGUGACUUAUAUUUAUAUCUUACUUACGAUUCUUAGAAUCCCUUCUACAACCGGAAGACAGAAAGCCUUUUCAACCUGCAGUUCCCACCUUCUCGUGGUUGGUGCAUUCUAUGGGACAUUAAUAAUAAAGUAUAUGAUACCAUCCAUAGGAAAUUUAUUGCUUUUAAAUAAAAUGAUGUCAUUGCUGCAUACUGUGUUUACCCCGCUAUUUAACCCUUUAGUUUAUAGUUUAAGAAACCAAGACAUCAGGACAGCACUAAGAAACAUUUCUAAACAUUAGAGACACUUGUUAUACAUACACAUUAUCAUCUGAGAAAAUGUCUCUAAAUCAUUCUCUGACAACCUUCACUGCUUUGCUCUGAUUCACUGAAAAAAUUAAGGAAUCAACAAAAAUGAAUGUGUCUGCUUUCAA